AUGGAUAAGCUUUUGCCUGGGCUCGUUUCUUUCAACGCGAGCACAACGGCAGCCGAGCAGAUCGAGGAAAUCGGUGAUGUGGCAAGGCAUCAAUGCCAUGCCGGCGAGGAGGCAAUCAAGUCGCGACCUAUGUUCAGCAGUUCAGACUGGUUGCGGUCGCGGACAAACGCGACGACGAGGAUACAACCUCCUUCAGAGAGGCACCUUGCUCCCAUUACGACGCUGUCGGAGCUGCAGCUUCGACAUAUUCGACUCAGAAUCGGAGGAGAGUUGCGGGGAGCUGGGAUCGAGCCCGCAUUGUGUCGGGAAGAGCCAGUAUUUGUGCAGUACGACUUGGGAUCAGCCGUAAUAUUGCAGAUGCGGUGCUUCAGCUGCACACAACAUGUUGGAUGCAACGUAGCCAAAGUUUUCACACAGUUGCCCGAGACGAGCCAGCGGUCAGGGCUGUACCGCCAUUCAUACGGCCGCAAGGCCAAUCGGCAGCCACACCAGAAGAGAUUCGACAUGUACUCGCUUGGGCGUCUCAUCGUGGAGCCCAUAACAUGGCAAUUCCUCGUGGACAAUCAUUCCGAGAAUAUGGUGCACUGUUUUGGAGCAGGCCGAAGCAGGCAGAAAAGAUGA